AUGGCGAUAUUUCAUUUAGCUCUAAGUUUAAUGGCGGCAGCGGUCUGGAGCGUCGAAGGUGAGCCUCGAAGUCAGUCUACCUCUCCGGCCGAGCCGUUGAACACGACCUCGGUCAUACUCCGAGAACAUGACGGCGGCGGCGGUAAUGGCACGCAUGAUGCGGUCGGAGCUCCAACUUCGUUCCUCAUGACGCAUCUGCCCACGCUCAAAGUCGUCGUCAUUUUCACCUGCGUGUUGACGGGUGCUCUCAUCACCUGCCUGCUCGCCAAAGUCGUCAGAUCUGGGCGUAGAUUAAGGAAAACCAGGAAAUACGACAUCAUCACAACACCCGCUGAACGAGUGGAAAUGGCGCCCCUCAACGAUGAGAACGAGGACGAGGAUGACUCGACUCUAUUUGAUGUCAAUUACAGACGCUGGGGGCUGGGCGGAUUUUGA